AUGGCUAAUUCAAAAAAUAAAGCUACUGAAUUAUCAUAUCAACUAACCGAUUCAGGUGCAUCGGUUCUGAUCGUGCAUCCAGCAUUUCUUGAAAUCCCCGCCUCUAGAGUAUUAUUGUUUGGUGAUAAAGAAAUAAAUGGAUAUAAACCUUAUCGUUCAAUUUUAAUCGGUGAUCGUGAAAUUGAACCAGUAUCUUAUACUCCUGAAGAAACAAAAACAACAACUGCUUAUUUGCCUUAUAGUUCAGGAACAACCGGAAAGCCAAGGGGUGUCGAACUCACUCAUACAAACAUAGCUGCUAAUUUAGCUCAAUUAAUUAUCGCAGAUUGUAAACUUGGUCCACAUAGUAUAACUACGGGUGUUUUGGGUUAUCUUAAUAAUAAAGAAGCUACAGAUGCUGUCUUCGACAAAGACGGAUUCUUUAACACGGAAGAUAUUGUAUCUGUUGAUGAACAAAAAGCGGUUCUGCUCACACAUGAUGCUGUAUCAGAUGCCGCAAUAAUAGGAUAUUAUUCUGAAGAAGAAGCUUCUGAAAUUCCUGUAGCGUAUAUCACAAUUAAAAGUGGACAUGAGCAAUCAACAGCUUUAGCGAAAGAAAUUCAAUGUUUUGUAGAUGAAAAGGUUGUACCGCAUAAGAAGUUAGGAGGUGGUGUAUUUAUUAUUGAUAAAAUUCCAAAGAGUGAGUCUG